AUGCCUCGUCCAAGAAGACCUGGCGCGCCAGAGCCCAAGCGAAGAAGUCGCAAAGGAUGCUGGCCAUGUAAAGCACGCAAAGUAAAAUGCGGGGAAGAGAAACCUAUUUGCCUCAAUUGCCAACGGCAGGGGGAGGCAUGCGAUUAUAGCGUCCGCCUCAACUGGGGAGGUCGGACGAAAAGAGCCUCUGUGGACUCACCCAACUCCCAAUCUAGCGGAUAUGGAGGGACAUUGAUCGGGUUUGAUCCCAUCCCAACGAGUGCCGCUAAGCCAAUCCAACUCCCCACCCCAGGAAGCAAUCCCCCAUCAUCGGAUGGCUUCGUAAAUUUUCGAUCUGGGGACUUGGGCUCUCCCGGUGCAAUCUCACCUGGCACAAAUACCCACUUGGGUAUAUUUGACUCCCCAAAGCCGCAGUCCGGCUCCGAGGGAAUCAAUUCGCCAUCUCAGGCAGAGGUACAAUUUUCCUCGGCCUGGGCUGAUCACUCCCCCAUGGCGACUGCUGGAUCUUCGGGUCCUAUGUCAGGAUAUCCGUUUGGCCCUUCUUUCCAUGGGUCAUUUUCCGCAGCGGCAGAUCAAGGGGUUGGGCUCCGGUCUCUCUCUGCUUUUGCAUUCCAUGCCAGCUCAGUAUCUCAACCAGAGUCCUUCCUUCGUGACUCGGCUGAUGAGACCAACCACCCAUCCGAUCAUCAUCAGAGCGGGAAUCAGGCUAACCAUGGAUUGGGGUUCUCCAUGAAUGGCUUGGAGCACCAAGAUAAUCACCCCCGCGAUAUUUCCAGUCAUGGCGAUAUCCUAGCCUUGCUCGGAUCCCACGAGAUGACAGGCGGAUCCCAUGCCAUGGUCUCUCAAAUGCAUGGCCAAAAGGGACUCGAUUCGAUGAAUGCUCCGCGUAGCGAAUCAUUGCAUUCCUUCCAUCAGCCAGACGAAGAACACGCCGUCAGGGAGUCAUUCUUGGCGCAAAGCAAAUGGCAAGCCUAUCUGACCAGUGUAACCGACAACUACGGCAUGGAUUCUGGGCGCCCGGAUCGUGACCUUGCCUUGAACAAUGACCACGCAGCCAUUGACAUUAACUCAGCGCUGGACUCGAUUGCCACAAAGAGUCGAAGUGGAGACAGUGCUUCCCCCAGUGUACCUUGGGCUUCGCCUGCCACACAAAAUGCUGAUUAUGGCGGGUAUUAUGCGUCUCCAGUACCGAUCAAUAUUCCGAGAUACUUAUCUCCGCUUCCACGAACGCUGCUGGAUAACCCGAUCAAUCUCAUGUAUUUUCAUCACUUCCUCAAUCACACGUCGCGCAUGCUGGUACCGCAUGACUGUGAAAACAAUCCUUUCUUGUCUGUUCUUCCCUCAAUGGCCACUGGCGAUCCAAAUCUUCUGAAUCUCCUGCUCGCAUAUUCUGCCAGCCAUCGUGCACGGUAUCUGGGGCAGCCUGAACCAGCAAACCGAAUCGCACACUGGGUAAGUGAGGUGUUUCCGGCCCUGCGGGUUGCAUUGGAGGCUUCUCCGGAAGAUAUCACAGACAGUCACCUGGCCACGGCAAUUCUCUUAUUGUCCUUGAAGAUUGUUUCUCCUAGCACCUUCGAGGUGCCUAUAACCUGGCAAAGCCAUUUGAAGCUUGCGCGGGAUCUGUUUCUUGCGCGCAGCGAACGUAUCGCGCGACCGGGUAAUAGAAUUGGUGCUUUCUUUGCGCGCUGGCUGGGUUAUCUCGACACGAUGGGAGCACUAUCAUGUCGUCAGGCCGGGCCACCAUUAAUGCUGUAUCAUACUGUGUUAGCUGCUUGUCAUGGCUCAGAUUACCAUGAUGACUUUACCGUGGACUGCUUCACGGGAUUCACCCCACGCACGGGAGCGUUUUUUAUCCGGUUGGGUCGCCUUGUACAACAAUGUGAUAGUGAGCGAUUCGAUAAGCACGGGAAUUUCCGACAAACAUGGCAUCCCUCGGCGGAUAUUGUUAUGGAAGCCCAAUCGGUUUUAGGGGACAUUGAAGGUCUCAGCGAGCAUGCCCAUGCUGACCCAACCCACCACAAAGAUGAGUGUGACGAUAUGAUGGCCAUUGAGGAGGCAUUCCGGUGUGCGGGACUUCUCCAUCUGCACAGACGUGUGCUUGGCUCGUCGCCCGAUUCUUUCCCCGUGCAAGAAGCCCUCCGCAAGCUCAUUGGGGCUUUGGAGCGUAUGCCAGCCAACGCGCCGCCCGAGUUUUGCUCGUUGUUCCCGCUUUUCACUGCUGGUUGUGAGUCGCGAGACGCGGCGCAGCGAACAAAGCUGCUCAAUCGAUUUUUCGUGCUGGAAAAGUCUGGGUUAAAGCAGAUUCAACACGCCCGCCAAUUGAUGCAGCGCUGCUGGGAUGACAAGCUUCCGUGGAUUGCGCUAGCCGAAGGACAAUUUCUCGGGUAA